AUGGUGGUGGUUGAAGUUGUUGAAACUGGGGCGGAAUUCCAAUUCAACAGGGAGGGUGUGAAAUUAAAGUGGGAAAAGGAAGAUGAAAUAUCUUAUUUUCAUAUUAGCAAAACAAAGAUUUUGACUACCUUUCCUUUGAUCAAAGGUGAUAACAGAAGUAGGAACAAAAUACACAUUAGUACAUUACACAAUGCUGAUGUCCCUUUUUCUGUUUCUUCUGCUGGCAUGCUUAGUACUGCAGCUAACAGCAUCAUACUCCCCUCCAUCCUUUGCCAAGCGUGGCUGUCAAGAAUACUGCGGAUUCAGUUUAGGCAUGGGAUUAAUGGAACACUUUAUCAGCAUAUUCAUGAUGCAAAUGGAGAUUUUCAUGUUACUUGGAAAAUGCGUCUGCAAAUGGCAGCAGAAUCAGCUGAUGCUAUAGCAUACCUGCAUUCAUCUUCAUCUGCCCCUAUUUAUCACAGAGACAUUAAGUCCGCAAACAUACUUUUGGAUGCUAAAUUUAGAGCCAAAGUUUCAGAUUUUGGGGCCUCAAGAGCCAUUGACAUUGAACAAACACAUGUGACUACAUGUGUUAUUGGGACGUAUGGUUAUUUAGAUCCAGAGUACUUCCAGUCAAAUGUAUUCACUGAGAAAAGUGAUGUUUACAGCUUCGGGGUAGUCCUUGUUGAGCUUAUAACUGGCAAAAAACCAAUCUGCCCCACCAAUGACGGGGGAUGGAUUAGUUUGGCAGUUGAAUUUCUGUUCCACAUGGAAAAUUCUCGUCUCUUUGAUAUUUUGGAUCCUCGGAUUUUAGAUGAGGGAAAGAAGGAAGAGUUUGUUGCUGUUGCUAAGCUUGCAAGACAAUGCGUAAAAAUGAAUGGAAAAGAAAGGCCUACUAUGAAAGAAAUCGCGAUUGUGCUAGAUGAGAUCAGGUCAUCCCAUGUGUCUUAUUCCAUGGAACCAAAUUCUAUGGUUGGCAAGGAAGUGAUGAUGGAAUUGAGUGAUAAGCAUGUUGGUUCUUCAAGUACAAGCUCAUUCUUUCCUGGUGUUGACACGGAUGCUUCCUCCACUAUGGUCCAACGAGCUAUGGCACAUACAUUAUGAUGUAAGAUACUUGAAACUAUAGCUAAGGAAGGUUUCAUGAAAUUAUAUUCAUAGAAAAAUGAAAUAUAUAUUUCUGAGCAUGUAUUUUGUUAGGAUGACCUUAUCCUGAAUUGAAUACCUUGUCCAAAAACUUUGUGGUGCAACAUGUAGCUAAUUGUGAAUAGAAUGUAUUAAGGAAGGUCAUUGUAAUAUACUUGUAUUUUAGCUUUUCAGGUUUUUUCUUUUUUAUCUCCUAAGGUAGUAACUAGUAAGGUAAUGCUGAUAUCUACUGUGUUUUUUAAAACUGUUUUCAUGAAAUUUGCAAAUAAUCUGGAUAUUCUUUAUAACUGUUUACAUGAAAUUUGCUAAUAAUCUGGAAAUUCACAAACUAUUUUUCACGCAUUCACAAUAUGCCAACUUUUUCUUGGUGGAUAUUUCUACAAUCUUUAAUUCUGCAAAU